AUGGAUUCCCAAAAUUAUUUUAAGGAGACUUUAUUGUUUGUAGAUAUACAAAGAAGUAAAAAUGAGAAAACAGAACUUUAUCUAGAUUAUAUUAGUAAAUGUUUUAGUUAUUUAUUGAAGCAAAAUGACAACUAUAUAAUUACUACAUUAAAAAAGAAUAACUCACUGAUUUCUUUUUUUUUUUCUUAUUUAUUAAAAGCGGAUAGAUCUUAUGACUUAUGUUUUGAUAAUUUAAUUAAAAGGAAAUUUAAUGUUUUAGAUAUUUGUGUAUUAGAAUUUUAUUUAAAAAUAAUUGAAAUAUUUUUAAAAAAAGAUAGAAAGGAAACGACUAUAAUUAAAUCUUCCUUUUUGGAUAUACAAAUAUUAAUGGAUGUAAUUAUGAUGCUUUAUAAAUUAAACAAGAAAAAAAUAAAAGAAUUAUUAAAUAUUACAUAUAAUAUAACCAAAUUCAACUUUUUGAAUAUAAGCAAAUAUGUGACAUUUCUGUAUAAAGAAAUAAAAAGUGUAAAAGAAAGAAUAGACAAUUAUAAAAUAAAUAAAAAUAAUUUGAAUAAUUUGCUAUUUGAAAUAAAUGAAUUCAUUUUUUGUGUAUAUUGCUUUUCAAAAUUUUUUAAAAAAUAUCACUUUUUUGAUAUUAAUGAAAAUAAAUUAAUAAAUAACUUAAUUAUUGUUAAAUUAUUCUUAUAUAAUGGUAACGACGAAAAAAAUGAAAAAUUAACUACUUCCUGUAAUUUUAAGGAUGACUGCCAUUUUCUUUAUAUAUUUAUACAAAUAUAUUUCGAUAUGUUAAAUACUUUAUAUUAUGACGAUUUAAAAGAUGGUUGCAAAAAAAAUAUUUUAUUUUUACGAUAUAGAUUUAUAAAAGUUUUGAAAAUUUUUAUAAAAAAUAAUUUAUUAUAUGGUGACAAAAGAAAUAAUAUAUUACAUUUAUCUAUCAUAAUAGAUUUAUUAAAAGAAAAAAGUAAUGAAAUUAAUUUGCAUUUUUUAAGAAAUGAUAUAUAUUUAAGCAAUUGGCAUUUCUUAGAAAAACUUGUCUUAAAAAAUUUAUUAGAUUUUGAAUUUUAUUCUUAUAUAAAUAAUUUUUUAAAGAUAAUAAGUAAAAAAGAUGAACACCAGUUUGUAAAAAAAAAAUAUGAACAUGAAAUUAAACAAAUCAAAGAAAUAACUUAUAUUAGUAACGACGAUGUUAUUUUAAAAUUUCUAAAAAAAAAUAAUUUAAAUGUAUCUAAUUGUAUAGAAGAAAUUUUACAUUUGAAUGAAGAAGAGAUUAAUAAUCUAGAAAACAUAAAAAGUGAAAAGUUGAGUGAUAAUGAUAGUGAGAAUGAGGAUGGAAAUGAAAGUGAAAGUGAAAGUGAGAAUGGCAAUGAAAGUGUAAAUGAAAGUGAGAAUGAGGGUAAAGGUCAAAAUAAAAAUGAGAAAGAACAAUUUUAUUCAAUAAAAGAAGAUAAUACUUCUAUAGUUAAAGAUAAUAAAAAAAAUAUUAUAGAAAUAUUAAGAGAUAAUAAAUUAAAAAAAAAUCCAUACAUAAAGAAAAAUGUUAAAUACAAAUAUACAAACGAUUCAUUAGAUAAAGAAAAUAAAGAUAAAAUUCUAAAUUUACUUAAUUAUUCAAGCAGCUCUCAUGAAUUGUCAGAUAAUUCAAUAGAUAACUUUGAAAAUGACAUUAUUUUCCCUAAUUCAUAUAGAAAAAACUAUACAUAUGAUAGUGAAGAAGAAAAUGAAAAUGAAAAUGAAAAUGAAAAUAAAAAAAAAAUUCAUAAAAAAAAUUUUGCUACAAAGUUUUAUUCACAUAAAACAAAAGAAAAUUUUAUUAGCAAUAAAGAUAAUAAAAAAGAGAUCAAUAAUAAAAAUGAUAACGAAAAAAUCAAAAGCUAUUAUUUAAAAAAAAGGCUAAACAAAGGAAAAUUUCAUAGAAAUCAGUAUGACAAAAAAAUGAGUAAAGGAAUGUUAUAA